UAUGCUAGCCAUUGCAAUAUAUAAACUGCAAAAACCAUAGCAUAGUGGUGGAACUGCUACCGAAGAUUAAGCAAUAAGCAUGGCUUCCUUCAAGCUUGUCUACUACCUCUUUACCCUUAUCAGCUUUAUCAAUUUCGUAACCAAUAAAGCACAGGUUGGCCAUGGUGUUUCGGGCUUCUAUUGUUCUGAGAACCUAACCACGCCAAACAGCUCGUUCCAGUCGAACGUGAGAAGCCUUCUCUCUGACUUAUCCUCCCACGCCACCGCUAAUAACAAUCCAUACUACAACACCACAGUCGCCACUGCAAACCACUCCCACACAGCCUAUGGAAUGUUCUUCUGCUCGGGUGACGUCCCCCCUCUCCCUUGUACCCAAUGCGUCCUUAACGCCACCAAAAAAAUACUCUCAGGCACAUAUUCGCAUGCAAAUUGUUCCUUGUCCACUGAUGCAUAUUUUAAGUACGAGGACUGCAUGAUUCGCUUUUCCAACAGUUCUUUCUUCUCCACAGUUGACUUAAGUUCACCCGGAGGUUCAUGCAGCAUUUUGUAUGAGGAAAACUUGACGAGUUUGGUUUCCAAAACGCUUAACGAAGCGGCAGACGAGGCAGCGAAUUCUCCUAUUGGUGCCAAGAAGUACGCCACAAAGCAAGCAUUGAUGGCUGGAUUUAAGACCCUUUACUGUGUAGCUCAGUGCUCACCAGAUCUGUCACCCCGAGAUUGCAGAAAAUGUCUAAAUGUUGCCAUCGAUUAUGUUCCAAAGAACUGUCAAGGAGGCUUACCGCAGUAUGAUAAUCUCAGCUGUAAUCUCAAGUGCGAUUGGUACCCAUUCUUUCGCCCCAGUACCGCUGCGGCACCAACACAACUCGUUCCGCUCACAAAUCCUUCCAAUACAGACUCACAACAUUCUACUUAUCUUUCCAAAAAUUGUCCCCCCAUCAUCAUCCCCGACCCCACUUUUCAAUCGAGUCUCAUAGCCCUCCUCUCGUACUUUUCUUCCAACUCCUCUACCACCAAAAACGGUUUCUUCGAGACCAAAGUCCACACUCUCACUGGUUUCUUCAUGUGCUUUGGGGACUUCUCCCCCACUCUCUGUCACCAAUGUGUCCUAAAUGCAACCCAAACAAUAUCCUCGCAGUGCCCCUCCUCCAAAGAGGCUAUCAUUUGGUACAAUCACUGUUUGCUUCAUUAUUCCGAUCGCCCAUCUCUCUCCGCACUAGAUACAAGUCCUGCAUAUAAGCACUUGAAUAUCGUCAACUAUACUUCCAAUCCUAACCAGCUGCAAAGCUUCUUCACUUGGACUUUGGCGACUACUUUAAAUGAAUUGCAGUAUGACACAGACGGCAAUAGCAGUACCAUUAAGAAUUAUGGGAAAAAACAAGUAAAACUGAAUGAUCACCAAACUCUCCAUACUCUUGUUCAAUGCACGCCAGACCAGCAUAAUUCGGAUUGCACCCAGUGUCUAGUAAACAUUGUCAACGAAAUGCCAUGGUGUUGUAUGAAGAUUCCAGAGGGAAGAGUACUGUAUCCAAAAUGCUAUAUGAUGUUUGGAUUGUCCCCGUUUGAUGGAUAUGCUCCUCAAAUUCAGCCGCUCAGGCCAGCUACAGGAAAUCAUACAGGUUGGGCACGAAAAAUUAUCUUAAUUGGUAUUGGUGUCCUCAUCGUUGCUUCGACGACACUCCUCUCCUUUUGGUGCUACUUGCGAAGGACAAAAACAAGAAAAAAUAAUUACAAGAAACUUCUUAGAAAAAACUUUGGUCAAGAAAGUACCAUUGUAGAGGGAUUGCAAUAUGAUUUGACUACAAUUAAAGCAGCUACAAAUAAUUUUUCACACGAAAAUAAGAUUGGUAAAGGUGGAUUUGGAGAAGUUUAUAAGGGUAUUCUAAUUGAUGGAAGACAUAUAGCUGUAAAGAGACUUUCAACUUGUUCUAAACAAGGUUCAAUUGAAUUUGUGAAUGAGAUUUUAUUAAUAGCCAAGCUACAACACAAAAAUCUCGUGGCAUUGAUAGGUUUUUGUCUAGAAGAGCAAGAAAAAAUUCUUAUUUAUGAAUUCAUGCCGAAUGGAAGCCUUGAUUAUCUUUUAUAUGGUACUCAACAACAAAAGUUAAGUUGGUCUGAGCGCUAUAAAAUUAUCAGAGGAACUGCUUUAGGAAUUCUUUACUUACAUGAAUAUUCACGACUUAAAGUUAUACAUCGUGAUCUUAAACCUAGUAAUGUUCUAUUAGAUGAAAAUAUGAACCCAAAAAUAUCAGAUUUUGGCAUGGCUAGAAUUGUUGAAAUGGAUCAAGAUCGUGGAAAUACUAAUAGAAUUGUUGGAACAUAUGGUUAUAUGUCACCAGAAUAUGCAAUGCUUGGAGAAUUUUCUGAGAAAUCAGAUGUUUUUAGUUUUGGUGUCAUGAUUCUUGAGAUUAUUACUGGAAAAAGGAAUGCACAAUUUUAUGAUUCACACAAUCUAGAGGAAGGCAUCAUAGCUUAUGUUUGGAGACAAUGGAAGAAUAAAGACCUAUUAUGCAUCUUGAAUUCACACAUAAAAGAAAGUUAUUCACAAAAGGAAGUUUUCCAAUGCAUUCAUAUUGGUUUAUUAUGUGUUCAAGAAAAUCCAAACAUGAGACCUACAAUGGCAACAAUUAUUUCGUAUCUUAAUAAUUUGUCACUUGAAUUGCCAUUUCCACAAGAACCAUCCUUUUUCUUGUACAGUCGUAGAAUGGAUUAUGAUACAGCUAGAAAACAAGAAUCAAGUUCCAACCAAACUACUAAUGGUUGCAAACAAUUUUCUAUCAAUGAAAUGUCCAUGAGUAAUUUUUAUCCUCGUUAAUUUAUUUGAUAAUUGUUGAGUAUUAUAAUUUAAAUGUAUAGUUUGCAUAUAUUAUCUGUACAUAUAGUUUGAAGGCUUAGCUUGUACAUGUAUUGUCUGAUGAUAUAGUCUAAUGUUAUCAUCUGAUGGUAUUGUUUGAUGGUAUCAUCUGAUGGUAUAGUCUAAUGAUAUAAUCUGUAGGUAUCAUAUGUGUAUCUUAGUAUGUCAGUAUUAUAUGUUUAUAUCAUAUUUCAAUGUACUCUAUAAAUACAUGUUUGCAUUAUUGCUUAUUAAUAAGAGGGAUAAGUAAUCAUGUGUAAUACACAAGUGUGAGAAUAAAGUUUUUCUCUACUCAAUUUUCACCCUAUGUUUUCUACCACGAGUGUGUGCAUUUUGUGCGUGUCAUCUCUAAUAAAUUGGUAUUAGAGCUUGUUGAUUGUGAGAGACCUAUGGGUGGUGUGUGAAACCCACUAGGUUUCAAGAUGUUCUAUUGUGAGGGAAACUUUUUCUUGUGUGAGUUUUUAUUAUCCUUGUGUGAGUACUUCUACUUUCUUGCAUGGUGUUGGAAGGGUGAAUCAUAGAUGGUUCUUGUAGGGCUUUCCCUGCCAACUUACCUGUGUUUUAUGGCAAACACUUUGACCAAUGGUGUGUGAAGAUGGGUGUCAUUUUUGGUUUCCAAGAAUUGUUGGAGAUUGUAAAGAACAGGAUUCAAGAAGUGGAAUAAGGUAAUACAGAGGUGCAAUAGGUAACUUAUAGAGAUUCAAAGAAGAAAGACUAUAAAGCUAUUUUCUUGAUCUAUCAUUGUGUGGAUUCUGCAAAUUUUUAAAAAAAUUUGUUAGCUAGUUCGACAAAAGAAGCUUGGGAUAUUCUGCAUAAAACUUAUGAAGGUCCUAAUAAAGUGAAGAAGAUGAAGCUUCAAUCUCUUCGAAGGUAAUAUGAGUUAUUGUUUAUGAAUGAUCAAGAGUCCAUAGUAGAUUAUUUUAAUCGAAUUCAAGCCCUUGUUAAUUCAAUGAAAUCUUGUAAUGAAAAAUUUACAGAUCAACAAAUUAUAGACAAGGCCCUAAGAACUUUGACUCCUCAUUUUGAUCAUAUAUUAUGGUGGCAACUGAGGAAUCCAAAAAUCUUGAGAUCAGAAAGGUAGAUGAGUUGCAUUAUUCCCUUGAAGCUCAUGAAUAAAGACUAAAUGAGAGGAGGAAUAGUGAAAAGACUCAGGAACAAAUCUUACUAGCUCAAACCAAAUACAAGAAGAAAGGUGCAAGUGGUUGAAACAAGAAAGGAAAAGGCAAGUGGAAAGGUGGCAAGAGUCAUGAAGCUAGUGACUCAUCAAAAGAUCAAAAUCAAUAUUAGAUUUAAUAUGAUCAAAUUGAGUCUUCAAAUAGACAACAGGGCAGUCCAUCUUAAAGAUUUUAGGAAAAGAAGAAGUUUGAUAAUUAAGAAGAAAAUUUAGUGUUAUAAUUGGCAAAAUUGGAGGCAUUUGCAAGAGAACGCAAAAGUGGCAAAUUAGGAAAAUGAAGAUUUAAUGGUAAAGUAUAUCUUGCUCAAGAUGAAGGGUCAAAUUACAAUAAAGUGUUGUUGAUGGUAACCAUAGACUAUGAUGGUGAUAACUCUAAAUCUUGGUAUCCUGACACAAGUUGUUCAAAUCAUAUGACAAGACAUAGAGAUUAGUUGCUUGAUUUUGAUGCUAACGUUAGGAAUAAGGUGAAAUUUAUAGAUAACAAUACCAUUACAACAAGGGGAAUGAGAAAGGUUGUGAUUAAGAGGAAGGAUGGAAAAUCUUUAUAUGUGACUGAUGUUUUGUAUGUACCAUCAAUGAAAACCAAUUUAAUUAGUUUGGGAUAGUUGCUACAGAAGGGUUUCUCAGUGAGUAUGAAAGAAAAUCAUAGAGAUAUUUGAUUUGAAGCAAAGAUUGAUGUUAAAUACUCCUUUGUACAAAAACAAAACUUUCAAAGUGAAUCUAACUACAACAAAGGUGUAAGUGUCUGUUAUCCAAAAAUACUAAGGAUGCGAGGUGGCUAUGACAUUUCAAAUUUGGACACUUGAAUUCUAAAAGUUUGAAUCAUCUUGGAGUGAAACAAAUGGUGAUUGGGAUGUCUUUCGUUAAACCACCAGAACCAGUUUGUGAAGGGUGUCUUAUGAGUAAGCAAUCGAGGAAAGCUUUCAAGUCUUGUGCACCUUUCCAUGCAAGAUAGUCAUUGGAAGUGGUUCAUUCAACUGUGUGUGGCCCAAUUGAGACUUUAUCAUUAGGAUAUUUCAUGACUUUUGUGGAUGAAUUCGCUAGAAAUAUGUGGUUGUAUUUGAUUAAAGAAAAAAUUGAUGUG